CAUUUUAAAAAUUAAAAUCAUAAAACGUAAAAUAUUUUCUCGCAGGUGGUUGAGCCAUUUCAGAAUAGUUGUUCUUUCUAAUUGUGCUUGUGAUGUUAUUUUGAAUUUUGUUAUGUGUAUUGAAAUGUUGUAUGUUGUCAGUUCCACUUUUGUCACUUUGUCUGUUAUUUAUUGUGUCCUUUAGUCUUGUAUUAUGUUUUGUCUUGUCAUGGUUUGUUGUACUUGGAGACCAAGGGUUGUCAAUGUGUUAAAUGUGCUGUUGUUGGUUGUUUGUAUGUAUCGUUCACUUUAUAAUCCAAUACAUUUCCAAAUCUAAAGGAAAAGUUCUUAAACUAAAGGAAAACGAGGGAAGAUUUGAAAUUCCUACCUUGAAGAAAGCUGCAAGGGUAUCCAAAGAUAAAGAUGAAGAUCAAGAAACGGUCAAACUGAAGAAAGUGCCCAAACCACAAGAGGAGGAAUAUAAAGAAGGCCCAAAAGUGUAUGCUGAGGCUCACACUGAAGUUAUCAUAACUGAAAGUUAUGAGGCAGAAAUGCAUUUUGAGACUUAUGAAACUACCAAGAGAGUUGAGAAAAUCCAACCAGAGGUAGACAAAAAGAGACCUGUUGAACCUGAUCAAGUAUCACCUCAGAUAAAACCAGAAAGCGUAGAAGAAGAAAAAGCAAAGAAGACAAAAAUAGGAAAGGUUCCAAAAAAAGAUACACCAGAGGAGCCUGGCUUAGCACUGAAAAAGGUUAAAAAGUUACCGUUAGACACAAAAGAACAAGAGUCUGUAAAAUUAAAGCCAUUUGAGAAACCUGUAAAACCACCAGCUGAAACUGAAAAAGACACUAAAAAGGAUGAAAAAGGAAGAGAACCUAUAACGUUUGACAGAAGUAGAGAACCACUUACUUUUCAGAAAGGAGAGCGACCUGAAAAGGAUGAGAAGCCAAAAGAACUUGAUGUCCUCACGAAAAAAGAAGAGCCCUCUGUUCCUGAUAAAAAGGAGCCAGAUGAAGUUGCUGUUAAAGCUGUAACCAGACCUCCAAAAGAUGAAGCACCUUCAGAGCCAACAGAGAAAUUAUUUAAAGGUAAAGGUAAAAUUCCAUCUAAAGAUCAGGAGCCUGAGAAGGUUCAACUAAAACCAUUUACAAAGAAACCUUCAGCUGGAUCACCAAAAGAAAAGGAGGUUCCAGAGCCAAAAGAACAAAAACCAAUUGAGUUGUCACCACUUAGUAGAGCACCAAAAGAUGACAUUAAAAAAGAACCAAGUAUUCCACCAAAAAGAGUUGACAGUCAAGAAACUCCAGACAAAGGUAAAGAGGUUCAGAAGAUACCAACUAUAGUACCCGUAGAAGACAAAAAGACGCUGCCUAAAAAAGUUACCCCGGUAAAGGAGAUUACACCAAAGGAAGACGAGAAGAAGCCUAUAGUCACCAAAAAGGGUAUUUUACCCAAAGAGGCUGAGAAGAAAGAAGAAAUAAUUCUAAAACCAGUAGAGCGUGCAAAGGGUGGUGUAGAGCCUGAAAAGAUUCCUUCGCCCAAGGUUGAGAAACCAAAACCAUCUGAAUCAGUUCCUGUGGCGAGGAAGCCUAGUGAGGAUUUGGCAAAGAAGCCUAAGAAAGUUUCACCUAAAGACUCAAUUGAAGCUGUUGUCUUGAAAAAAGUACCUUCGAAGAUUUCACCUGAGGAGGACAAAUAUGAAGAAACUCCUCCGAUUUCUGAAGUAGAGGAGAUUCCAGUCCUAAAGGAGUUGUCUCCCGGAGCUGUACAGUUAAGAAAAGUGUCAACUCAGAUUGAGGAAGAAGUAUUUGAACAAGAGUUUGAGGGUGAAUUUGAAGCUGAAGCUGAAGAUGAAGACGAAGCAUGGGGAUGGGAUGUUGUUUCUCAAGACAGUUAUGGCUCAGAAGGGUCUGAAGAAAGAUAUUUGGAGGAAGGAGCACUUGAGACUCCUGGGAUGCCAGGGGGUAGACGAGGUGAGAGGGUGGCUGUGAACUACACCAAUGAAUGCCUCAUUUUCCAUGCUAUGGAAACCAGCCCCCUAUUUAUUUUUUUCCCAGAUAAUUUCCAUGUCUACAUCCAUGUCCAUCCACAUAAAACUGCUAAAUCUUGUCUGCCGCCUUCUUCAUCUUCUUCAGUCUUCAUUGUGGCAUGUGUGUUGUAUUUUAAUGUCUUUUCAUCUUGUUUGUUGUUUAUGUGUGUGUCUUCAUUGAUCUAUGAAAUAUAACCAUUGGUGGUAGGAACAGUCAUUCGAUUUGGAUCAUAACUUGUGGAUCUAACUUCCCAUUAAUUGGAAGCAUUAUUUUAUCAUCUUCAUGACCCUUCAUUCCCUAUGUUUAACAUUUUCCCUUUUGUCUCUAAUUGUUUUUUCAUUACUUGAUAUUUUAAUAAAAUUUUCCAUGUUCAUGAAUUGGAAAUAAUUGACUUUUGUUUGCUCAGAGGGAAAGCCUAAAGAGGAAGCUGGAAGAGGCAGAGGCUUGAAA